AUGUCAAGCCACAUCAUCGCAAGCUUUCAACUGGCAAAGGAAAGGUUAGUCAGUCUUCUUAAAGAAGUAAAUCAACUGGAGAUCAGAUCUCCAGAUCCAAGUAUGACAAUAGAAGAAAAGGAAGAUUUUUAUGUGAUAAGAAAAAGAGUGUUAGAAGAUAAACUUCGAAGAAUCCAAUUAUGCGUAACUACGCUUGAAUCUAUCAACGAUAAAUGGUUCACAUAUACUCAACAAAUCGUCACGAUGAAAAGAAGAGAAGAAGAGGAAGAAAAAUACAAAACAGUAACAGAAGGUGACCAAGGAAUAUUUCAAUUAUUACACGAAGGAAAGGAAGCUGUAAUAACACUGACAAUGCACAAGGAUGAAGUCGACCAAAACUUAAAACAACUCUCAAAAGAGUUGACGAACAAACAAACAAAAGAAGAAGCAAAAUUUACUCCUUCUUCAAAUAUUAAUGUAAAUCUUCCUCAUUUAUCGCUCCCUACUUUCGAUGGAGACCCUAGACAAUGGCGACAAUUUUGGAGCAGUUUUAACGCAGCAGUCCACACACCAGCGAUUCCAGAAAUACAAAAAUUGAAUUACUUGUACUCAUGUCUUAAAGGAAAGGCUCUACAAGCAAUAUCUGGAUAUGAUAUAACUCCAGAGAAUUAUGAAAUUAGAAACUGUCAACAUUCACUCACUCAACUCAAUAUUAAAUCUACAACUACCAAACCGGAACAAAAACAACGAUACAAUCCCGGAGGAACUUCAGCAUUGUCGACAAUAAAAGAUAAUCAAAAUACUUCGAAAACUACAACAACGAAAAGACGACCAUGUGUAUUCUGCAAUCAAGAUCAUUGGGACAGCGAUUGCGUGAACUACACAAUUCUCAAUGCUCGGCUUAGUCGUCUCAAAGUGUUGAAGAAAUGUACUAUUUGUCUUUGUCAAAAAACAAUGUUUUUAUUGCAGAAGCUCACAUAA